GAUAGCAGGUAUCCAGAGAAACUUAUGGGAGCAAAAUUCAUCCCAUUUCCGAAGCCAAAGUCUGAUUUGGAGAAAUGUUUACGAUGGAUAUCAUGCUGUCGAAGACCACAUGCCCAGCUUAACGUUGACAAAAUUACGAAGCAUACAUAUGUGUGUUCUAAGCAUUUCAUUUCAUUGGAUGGCCCUUCAGAUGAAUACCCAGAUCCUUGUGAUGCCCAGACUGGUGAACUGCACAGAGCAAGGCGAAAGAUCAUAUACUUGUCUCAACAUAGUACCAGUACUGAUGAUUCACCAGACUCUCAUGCAAUGGAAUGCUGUUUAACAACACAGACAACUUCAAAUCCUGUCAUAGAUUCCUCAUGCCAAACAGAAGAAGAAUUAUUUUCAUCUAUGGAUGUGCUUUCAUGGGUUGCACAUGUUAGAAAACUGGAGGAAGAAAAUGACAGGUUGCGACAGGAAAUCAGACAGAGAGGGAAAGUUUCUGAUGCUGCUUGCCAAACAGAGAGAGAUACACUGCUGAAGAAGUUUCAAAGUCAAAGAUCAAAAACUUGUUUGAAUUUUAUACUGGAUUAAGUUAUAGUAGAUUUCUCAUGCUUCUUGUGUUUCUCUUUCCAAGUUGUGAAAAUCCAAUCAUUUAUGAAGACAAAAGAAAAGAAACACAUAUUGACAAGUUUCCUUUGUCACAGCAGUUGUUUAUGUACCUUUGCAGACUAAGAAAUG